UACUCCAGUGGGUCAUAAAAACUAUUUUAGUCCAUUCCAACAUCAGCCGCCAAGGCCUUCAAACGCUUUCUUUCCCUUUAAUAGCCCCCGGAAGCCUAAUAUCCAAACUCAACGUCCAUUUCCUCGGCUCUAUCUAUACGCACCGAGAAAGUGAGUGCUCGCUUGUCUCCGCCGAGAGUCCGAUAAUCUGAGGCGCCACUCAAAACCAAAUUCAUACUACUUUCACCAUUCCUCUCAAAAUCUUGAAUAUCAUUUUUUUUUAAAGUUUUAAAUGGCUACCCAGAGGCUCUCUUUUUUCCCAAUUGCGAUUUCUACUAGCCAAUCUCUACCUUCCAAACGCCACGGUUAUUGUCUCUCUCUUCCUUCGAGCUCUCUCUAUGGCAACAAGCUUUUACUUGAAACCUCCAAUUUGAGCCGUUUCGUCGCCAAAUACCAUCCCUCAACCACUGCAACGGUGUCGUUUAGCCUCCCAGCGAAACCAGAGAGGACAUCUUCCGAGAAAUCCCCUAAAUGGUCUGCCAGAUCUAUAAAGUCCUUCGCAAUGGGGGAAGUGGAGGCAAGGAAGCUCAAGUAUCCAAAUACGGGGACUGAAUCACUUCUUAUGGGAAUUCUGGUUGAGGGAACAAGCCAAGCUGCAAAAUUUUUGAGGGCUAAUGGAAUCACACAUUUCAAGGUGCGAGAGGAAACAGUGGACUUACUUGGAAAGUCAGAUAUGCUUUAUCCCGGCCCUGUACGUCCUCCAUUAACUAUACAAGCUCAAAGGGUCCUUGAUUGGGUUGUUGAUGAAAAACUAAAGUCAGGUGAAAGUGGGGAAAUAACCACAACUUACUUGCUUCUUGGUAUUUGGUCAGAAAAACAAUCAGCAGGCCACAAGAUCUUGGCCAAAUUAGGUUUUAACGAUGAGAAAGCCAAAGAAAUUGCGAAAUAUAUUAAUGAGGAAAUUGUUUUGAAUCAUAAGUAGGAGGUAAAAAAUUUUCUGCGUUUUCGAAGUUUGUACCAUCUUUUUGAUGCAUCUUCCAAAUGCUAGAUGCUUCUUGAGGGAGCAAGUAAUGCAACUUAUGAGGGUCUUCUGCCCUUGUUAGUGGUUCAAAGUUUAAACAUGAAUACUUAUUGUUUUUUUGGGAAUUAACUGAAAAUGUUCAGAGCUUUAAACUUUUCUCAGGAAUGUGUGCAUAACUGUUGACGAGGCAUUUUCAAGCUGCUUAUCCAAUUUGUUUAAGCUAGAUGUUCAUCUUUGCAUCAAUAGCGGAUUGUAUUCACAACCUUUUUUUUCCUUAAUUAAUCUGAAUGACUUGGCGGAGGAAAAAAAAUGUUCCUAGCUGUUGAAAGAACUGCUCUUGGUCUUGGGAAUAUCCUAGGAAGGAAGGCAAUCUCUCCUCCAAGAUGGAUGGACUUAAUCCAAUAGCCGAAAUAGUCAAAGAAGAUGGCAUAGAAUGAAAGCUGGGAGGGAGGUGAAGAUCCUUUUCAUCAGUAUUUAAGAUAACCAGACGGACAGAACAGAAUCCCUUAUGAAAGAAAAAGCUUCUCAUGAAUCGGGAUAGGGUGCAGGCGAUGCCGAAUUGAGAAACCUUCCUACCCAAUAAUCUUUCUAAAGUGCCUAAGGUGCCUUUCUUACCCUGGCGAAUCUUUUCCCAUCUCUAAAUAAAGGGCGUGCAGUAACUUCCCAUGUCUGUAGCCGAUAGCCAAUUCCUGGCUAUCAUGAUUGACUCUAUGCCUUGCCUUCCUGCUGGCUGGUUAGCUGUACCCCGGCGAUCUCUUAUUUAGUUGGUUGGUCUGUCACUGUCUCUCGACUCUCCGGUUAGUAGGUCAAUCAAUAUCGGUUCCUCUCACCAGAAUAGAGAAAUGGUUAAUGAUGCAAUCAUCUAAUUAUAUUAUUUCAUCAUUAAGAUUCAUCCUGUCCAAAUAACUAAAAUCUCCAAAUGAAGUGAAAAUAUUAUUGAACCGUCAGAAUUUUUCCAAUUUUUUUUUUUUUUUAAAUUCUUAUCCACUGGAUGUUUGUGAAUAAUCCCCUUAGUUUGGUCAUGGUUGCUCAAGUUCUUGGAUUCUUACAAAUUAGAGGCUGUAAAAAAAACGAUAAAGUU